CUGCCUCUGCCAGGGAAGAAGGAAUGGCGCUCCACUUGGUGAGUGAGUGAGGGAGGGCAAGCGGCAGUGGCGGCAGAAGAGCCUGGAAGAGUCGGGCGGGCGGCCAGACUCUCUUCUGCUGCCACUCCAGCCGACCAUGCCGGGAAAUGUGGUAAAUGUGGUAAAUAAAAGAAUGUAUAAAUAUUAAAAUUAAAAUAGCUUCCCUACUUCUCAGAUUUCCACUUAUCACGGGUGGUCCUGGAACGUAACCCCCACGAUAAGUGAGGGAACACUGUAUUUGCUCCAGGGAUUUUGUUGUUAAUUCAGUCUUACAAGUGGACGUACAUUUAUAUAUAGAGAGAUUUGAAGAAGUUAAAACACUAACUUAAAAAACUCACAAACACGACUGCUGCAUAUCAUCCCUAGGAAGGUUUCUAUUUGGUACAUCUUUUGUGUACAAUUACUGCUUGUAGUAAUCAAGGCAGCACAAAUCUUCUUAACUUUUUGACAUCUUGAGUUUCCAGCACUGAUGAAAGCUUAAAUAAUAGCUCACCUCAGCUAGACCUUUGUGAUUAUUGGAUAUGAAGGUUUAUUUCUAUAGGCUUAAGCCUACUAGCUUGAGUUGUCAGUCAGGAAGGAUGGAGAGCUUCAAACUAGAGAGAACCAUGUUAUGAAAUUAUUUAGCUUGUCAGUGUUCAAAUGUUUAAUGAUUAAAUGCUCAGGGACAUUUUCUGUUUUCCUGAGUGUUUGGGAGUGCUUAUGAAAAUUUAAACUGUUUUUUUUUUUAAGCCUUGUGGUUUCUUGGCCUGAAAACGUCAUGAAUAAAAUAUGGUUUCUUAUUGCUAAGAUAUUAUUUGAUUACUGGAAGGCCCAUAACAAUGUAGCAAAGGUUUAUUCCAUUUGUCAUUUACUAAUAGGUUCCACAAAGUGUUGACAUCUUCUGAGGCAAAGUGUAAAACAUAAGGCUUAACAAGUAUGGUUUACAUAAUGCUUUAAACAUGAAAAAUGAACAGCAAAAAAAGAUGUAUGUGUUUGAGUUAGAGUGCAAAAGCUAGGCACACAAUAUAAUGUAAUUAAAUAAAACUUGGUUAUGAACGUGAAUUCAUGGCCACUAAUGGAUGUUAAAUGCAUUAAAGUCUGGGACGCUUUGUAUUUGGUUUCCAAAAAUGUUAUUACAGUGUAUAAAAAAGUGAAUUUACAUGUGGCAUGUCCGUGAUUGAUGGGCUACAAAUAGCAAAGUAUUCAGUGCAGAUUGUUUGCCUGAGAGCAUCUGAUUCCCUAAAUACAUUUCAAAAAAAAAAAAUACAUUGCAAACAGACCUUUGAACAGCAGCAGUCUCAUUUUGCAGGAGGCCACCUAUUGUGGUGGCUCUUCACAGUAGGAAAAUUGGAGGGAAUAGUCAAUACAGUGCUAUUUCUUGUAUGUGUAGCUGCCUAGUAAUUGUUUCAUUGGUGUGUGUGUGGAGAGAGAGAGAAUCUAUGCAGCAUUUGCUGUUUAAUUUGGAUUGUCAGUGAUAAAGCAGAUCCUAUCGCUGAAAGAAAGGUAGAAUGCAGAGGCAGAAACAUUAGUGCUAAUCUGCUUCAGAAAGACCAGAUAAAUCAGCAGAGCUUGCUUGCUUCUCAUACAUCACUAAGGGAGAAGCUGAGUGCAACUUGACCAUGUGCCUGAACAGACACAUCACUAAGAAGAGCGCAGUAUGGAUAAGAAAUCCAAAACACACCCGUAAGGCUGCUUGCUGGGUUGAACUGAUGACAACAGUACAGUAAAUAUCGGCAGUAUAUGUCAGGACUUCUGGCUCCUCCUUAUGGUGUUAUGGAAACUGGCUCCAACAAUGAUAGGAUGCCGGACAAGGACAAUAUGUCUAGCAGUAGCCUCUGCUCCAUGGCUAAAAAUAGCAAUAAGGUUCCAUCAGAAAAAAUCCUCCGAGCUGGAAAGGUAUUACGGACUGCCAUUCUCUCCCGGGCACCUCACAUGAUCAGAGACCGGAAGUAUCAUCUGAAGACAUAUCGACAAUGCUGUGUUGGAACAGAACUGGUAGACUGGAUCAUGCAGCAAAGUUCAUGUGUUCAUUUACGCACACAAGCUGUGGGCAUGUGGCAGGUAUUGCUGGAGGAUGGCGUCCUUAACCAUGUGGAUCAAGAGCAACACUUCCAGGACAAAUAUCUGUUUUAUCGAUUUCUGGAUGAUGAGCAUGAAGAUGCCCCAAUGCCAACUGAAGAAGAGAAGAAAGAAUGUGAUGAAGAGCUACAAGACAUCAUGCUUUUGCUGUCUCAGAUUGGUCCUGAUGCCCAUAUGAGGAUGAUUUUAAGAAAGCCGCCUGGCCAAAGAACCAUAGAUGACCUUGAAAUUAUAUAUGAAGAGCUUUUGCACAUAAAGGCUUUAUCUCAUCUUUCAACAACGGUAAAGCGGGAGUUAGCAGGCGUUCUAGUGUUUGAAUCACACCCCAAAGCAGGAACAGUCUUGUUUAAUCAGGGAGAAGAAGGAACCUCAUGGUACAUUAUUCUAAAGGGAUCAGUAAAUGUUGUCAUCUAUGGCAAGGGUGUGGUAUGUACACUACAUGAAGGUGAUGAUUUUGGCAAGUUAGCGUUAGUGAAUGAUGCUCCAAGAGCAGCUUCCAUUGUCCUAAGAGAAGAUAACUGCCAUUUCUUGAGAGUGGACAAGGAAGACUUUAACAGGAUACUCCGGGAUGUUGAAGCAAACACAGUUCGACUUAAGGAGCAUGAGCAGGAUGUCUUGGUGCUUGAGAAGAUCCCAGCAGGAAGCAGAACUUCUAAUCAAGGAAACACUCAGCCCAAGUACAUUGUGAUGUCCGGAACACCAGAGAAAAUUUUAGAACAUUUCCUAGAAACAAUGCGUCUUGAAACAACAGUGAGUGAUGGAACAGAUACUGGUGUACAUGAUUUUGUGAUGAUGCACUGCGUGUUCAUGCCAAAUAACCAGCUAUGUCCAGCUUUGAUGGCCCAUUAUCAUGCUCAGCCUUCCCAAGGGACUGAACAAGAAAAAAUGGAUUAUGCUCUAAAUAAUAAAAGGCGAGUCAUUCGCUUAGUUUUGCUGUGGGCUGCUUUCUAUGGCGAUCUCUUGCAAGAGGACGAAGCGGCAAUGGCCUUCCUGGAGGAAUUUUAUGUAUCGGUAUCAGAUGAUACAAGGGUGAUUGCAGCUCUCAAAGACCAACUCCCAGAAUUAGAGAAAGCUAUGAAACAAAUAACAGAAGAAGCUAAAGCCCCUCAGAAAAAGCACAAAGUUCUUCUGCAUCACUUCAACACAAGUGAUGAGAGGACACAGAAACGCCAGCCCAUCAGAGAGAGUGAUGAAAUUUUGUUUAAGGUGUACUGCCUCGACCACACUUAUACCACCAUCCGCAUUCCUGUGUUGUCUUCUGUUAAAGAAGUCAUCAGUGCUGUGGCUGACAAACUGGGCUCUGGAGAUGGCUUGAUAUUAGUGAAGAUGAGCUCAGGAGGAGAAAAAGUACUACUCAAACCUAAUGAUGUUUCAGUGUUUACAACACUCAGUGUUAAUGGACGACUCUUUGCUUGCCCUCGAGACCAGUUUGAUACAUUGACACCGCUACAGGAACAAGAAGGCCCUUCUACUGGAACUGUAGGAACUUUUGAACUCAUGAGCUCCAAGGACCUGGCAUAUCAAAUGACAAUUUAUGAGUGGGAGCUUUUCAACUGUGUACAUGAGCUGGAACUCCUCUACCACACCUUUGGGAGGCACAGUUUUAAAAAAACCACAGCAAACUUGGAUUUGUUUUUACGAAGAUUUAAUGAAAUCCAGUUCUGGGUGGUCACAGAAAUCUGUCUUUGUUCUCAGCUCAGCAAACGUGUUCAACUGUUAAAGAAGUUUAUCAAGAUAGCAGCCCACUGCAAAGAAUACAAAAAUCUGAAUUCUUUUUUUGCUUUAAUCAUGGGACUAAGCAAUGUCGCAGUAAGCCGCCUCACAAUGACAUGGGAGAAACUUCCAAGCAAGUUCAAGAAGAUCUAUGCCGAGUUUGAAAGCUUAAUGGACCCCUCAAGAAAUCAUAGGCCCUACAGACUCGCUGUAGCUAAAUUGGAGCCUCCUGUUAUUCCCUUUAUGCCUCUACUCAUAAAAGACAUGACAUUCACCCAUGAAGGGAACAAGACAUUUAUUGACAGUCUAGUGAAUUUUGAAAAAAUGCGCAUGAUUUCAAACACAGUUAGGACAGUGAAAUUCUGCCGGAGCCAGCCUUUUACUCCUGAUGCCUCUCUGGCAAACAAGAACCAUCAGGACGUCCGGAAUUAUGUACGGCAAUUAAGUGUGAUUGACAACCAGAGGACUUUAUCACAAAUGUCACACCGGCUAGAACCACGGCGUGCUUAAGCAGUUCCAAGUGAUCACACCUCCCUUUUUGUCCCCUGUAUAAGGUCAUUUGUUAAGAAAGCCACCUCUUCCUGCUACUGCACUGCCACUACAAAUAUAAGCAACAACAGAGUGUGACAUCUUUGGCAAUUAACGCACAACCUACCUGAUGUCCAUAUGAAAUGACAGAGGAGUUCGGAUGUUGAAGAGGUCAGAUGUUGUAGCUGGAAGGUUACUGGUGUUGUAGGCUGUUAGUUAAUUCUGAAAAAAUGUUGUACAGAAUAGAAAUCUUUAUUUAAAGAGAGAAAGAGAAUAUGCUCUGGAUCCUGGUAAGAAGACAACAUGAACCUUCUGCCGCUUCCAAAUAAUAUAUGGUCAGGUUCUAUUACCUGUUCAGAUUAAUUGCAGUAUUUUAAAUCUAUUAUUAAAUUGACAUGCAGAUUUUGCCAUUGAUUUUGCAUGUUUAGCUCAGAUGAGCUUCUGUAGGAAAUUUAAAUAAAAUAACUAAUGGCAGAAAACAGGUACAGUUACUUACUACUAUGGUUUUGGCAUUCAGAGAACAGUUAAAAGCCUUUCCCUUCAAGGAGGUAUACUUUUGAAAAACCACAUUUGCCUUACAGCAGUAGAGCAUUGUGGCCCCACCGUAACCCUAGGAAAUACUAGUUUUCGAAGAUCUAGGUACAUUAUUUGUUUACAUUUCACUUAUUUUAUGUGUGUGUGUUUUUAACUGCCAAUCAGAGGAGCCCCCAGAUGGCGUAGUGGACUAAGUGACUUGAAGGUUGGGUUGCUGACCUGAAAGCUGCCAGGUUCGAAUCCCACCUGGGGAGAGUGUGGAUGAGCUCCCUCUAUCAGCUCCAGCUCCAUGCGGGGACAUGAGAGAAGCCUCCCACAAGGAUGGUAAAAACAUUAAAACAUCCGGGCGUCCCCUGGGCAACGUCCUUGCAGACGGCCAAUUCUCUCACUCCAGAAGCAACUCCGGUUGCUCCUGACACGAAAAAAAAAACAAAAAAAAACUGCCAAUCAGGAUUUUACAGAAUGAAAAGACAAGGCUAAUAAAGUUUUCUGGGGGGAGCAAAGCAUUAAGAGCCCACAACCACAACUUGUAUUAUUUUUUAAAAACCCACAAAAGAGCACAAUAGGCACAAUUUAUUUCAAGGUAAUAUUUUACUGGAUGCUGAAACCUCCAGUGUCAGCUACACUUUGGGCUGAUCAGGUUGUAUUUUCUGGAUCUAAAACUUUACAAAAAAUCUUCUAAUUUCCAGGAAUAAUUUUGCACUUUUAAAUGGGCAGUAUACAGAAACGUCAAUUCAUUGUGGUAGUUAAUUUAUUUCUUUAUAUGUUAGUCAUUGUGCCAUAUAAUAACUUUUUAUCUAUUUUAUUUAGCAUGUAAUGGAAGUACAGUUUUAUCUUUGUACUUAGUCCAUGUUUCAUGCCUACGAAGAACGUGUUAUACAUUUUAUGUAAAUAAAAGGCACUGUCUUCAUUAAAAGUAACUGCCAACUAAA